ACCCCGCCCACCCAAACAGUCCCCAGCAAGCAACACCCGCCAUUUUUGAUUCAUCUCCGUUCUCCUUUCGCCCCCAAAGGAAACAAAAAAAACCCAUUAACAAGAAACCCCAAAGAUCGAUUCUUUCUUCUUCUUUACCCCGAGAAAUCAACCUCACUCUGCAAAGCUAUGGAGCAGCUCAGCUUCUCAACUCCCUCCUCUCGCAUAUGCAUCAUCAGCAUUCUCUUAGACCUCCCCGCCAAAUCCCUCCUCCGCUUCAAGUGCGUCUCCAAGGCAUGGCACCGCUUAAUUUCCCACCCCAAAUUCCAAGAGAAGCACUACGCCCGCAGGGCUUCCGUCCCCCGCUUCUUCUUCCAGUGCUCCGACUUCGAUUACGACCAAUCCUCCGGCACAGCCCGCCAACGCUUCGCAAUCUUGAACUCCGCCGGCGUUCCCCUCGACGUCCUCCGCGUAAACGCCGUCGGCGGGCCGAUCAAGCUCGUCCUCCUGAGUUCCCGCGGGUUGCUCUGUUUCGCCACCGAAACCUGCGUCUACCUCUGCAAUACGGCCACCCGUUCCCUCAUCCAGCUCCCGCCGCCCCACGGCGUCGACCGUCAAGGAAAUCCGUUAACCAUUUCCGGGUUCGGGUACAUGGAAUCGGCCGGGGAGUACAAAGUGGCGAGAGUGGUGCACAAGCCUUGGCUAGGAGACCACUCGCCCUGCAAGUUGGAGUGCUCUGUUUUCACCUACUCUGUUUCCGCCCAACCGCCGGCGGCGGCGGCCAACGACGGGAAACUGCUGGCUGACACCUGCCCUUACUUCGUGAACGAGGUCAGCUUGCCGGUUUUCGCCCGUGGGACCGAAUCCAUCUACUGGAAGAUUGUGCAGAACCGGCAUUGCCUCUGCCACAGCACAGCUCAGGCUAGGCCGGACGUUUUCUUGGCUUACUUGGACGUCAAGAAAGAGAGGUUUGGAGUUGUACGCUGGCCUCAAGGCUUGAGGAGGCCGAAUCCGAGCGUCGGUGAUUGGAGGGAGGCCGGUGAGAUUCCUCUGAGAAUCAUGGAGUCCAAGCUCGCCGGGAGCGUUGAGAAGCUGAGCAUGAUUGAGACUCCGGAAGACCUCCCGCUCCGCCUGGUGGUGUGGCUGCUGACUGAUCAGGAGAACAGCCAUUGGGUCAGACAAGCCGUCGUCUCGCUGCCUCUUUUCGACGACGGAACCAUCCUGGGAGAGAUCAAAGAAUACAGGAGUGAUCUGAUCAUCUACAGCUCGCCAUACAAAGUGAUCAUCUUCAUCAACCCUGAGAACGGGACGUUUAGGAAGGUGCGCAUUCCUGCGAAUUUGCGCAGCUUGGAUUUCUGUACCUACACUGAGAAUCUCUUGACCUUGCAGCUCCCACCAAAUCAAGGUGGUAACUAGACUAGAGCCUCUUUUGCCAUUAGAAUUUGGUUGUAGCAAUCAGGCAAGGCAUAGUUGCAGAUAAGAGUAAUGAGAUAGGAACCAUGUGAAUGUAAGUCAGCAGAAAAUGUGCAGUCUGCAACUUUGUACACAAAAGUCUGCACAGAUCAAAAGAGUUGCGACUCCCACCUUCUAAGGGUUAGCUAGUGCCUCUUUUGUUGUUAGACUUUGGUUAUAGUAAUCAGGCAGGCAUAGUUACAGAUAGACUAAUGACUAAUGAGAUAGGAACAUGUGAUGUAAGUCAGCAGAAACUGUGAAGUCUGCAAUUUUGUACACAGAACAGAAGUUGCAUAGAUCAAAGAGUUGUCAACAGAAUGUUUUUUCUUCUUUUCUUUGCUUGUGUACUGAAAGGAGUCUUACUUAGUCAACAAGCAUGACAAUUUGAUGACUUUCCAGCCACUGAUUCUGUAUUCUGGCCAAUUUCACUAGACUGGCAGUUUUACUAGAACCGAACAUAGUCAAAGAAUGCGAUCGAAUCGGAAGGUUAUAUACAGUGCUGCACAUUUGGAAACUCGUAUUUACAGAAAUGGGAAACAGACUGCUCGCGCUAUUUAGGGCGGCUCUCAGUUUUCAGGAAGCGGACGUAUUCCUGCUGCAACAUCUCUCCUCCAUGAACUGGAUCAAAUUGACAUCUGUAGAAGCUGUGGAAAAAAGAAUAAAAUUUUGUGAGUGAGCGGAGAUGAUAAGUAAACUUAAUGGAAUUAGCUGUGCUGCUGCUGUCAGUUUAGUUAGAAUCACCAUGGUCCUAGAGAAACAGCCUAAAGUAUUGAUUUGAGUAUAUGGCAACUUUCAAUGAGCUGCAUAACGGUAAUAGCAGGCAAUUUGAAGUCAAUGGUUCUUUAACACUCGAGGAUAGCAUGACCGAGAGAAGUUGGGUUUGGUGUUCACAACAUGUGCCGUAAGGCCAAAGUUCACUAACUUAUAUUCAGGAUCUGUGUAAUAGCAGUUUUACUUCAACUGCCAAUAUGCCAAUAGUCCAACUUCUCAAGUGCUGCACCCUAUAAAAGAGAAGUAAAUGG